AUGUUCCUGAGGUUUACAUCUAACAGUUGGACAUUGGGCAGCAGUCCGGGGGGGUUCCAGUUCAACUACACAAAUUCCAGCAGAAUCCGUCUUGUUGAGUAUGGGUUUUGGCAUUACGGACCAAACGAAGGACUUGUGGAAGUUCGACCGGCCGACAGCUGGACUUGGGGCGGAGUCUGUUUUAAACACUUCGACCUAAGGGACGCAGACGUUGUUUGCAGAAUGCUGGGCUACAUCUGGGCAAAGUCCUUUAUGUCAUCGUUAGGUACGAUUCAGGGACCAGGGCCGCCCUACAUGGCUGACCUACGAUGUAAUGGGAACGAGAGCAGCCUGUUUAACUGCCCGUACGCAGGAUGGGGGAGUCACGACUGUGGAGAAGAUGAAGGAUAUGCCGGCGUUGUCUGCGGUACAUUGAUUAUCAUUUAUAACACAUACUACAUUGCAAGUUCCCGCGUCAAUUUCCACCAUGUAUAUAUGUGUGUGAUAAUAUAUCUAGAUCCCAGGAGAAUCCGUCUCAUCGGUGGUUCCGGGUCUAACGAAGGACGCGUGGAAGUCCGACCAGAGGACGGUAUGACCUGGGGCACAGUUUGCCACAACCGUUUCAACAUGGACGAUGCAGACGUUGUUUGCAGAAUGCUGGGUUAUCCUAACGCUACCCAGGUUCGAAAUGAUGCAUAUUUUGGCCAAGGAACAGGACCAAUCUACAUGGAUGACCUACGAUGUGAUGGUAACGAGACCAGCCUCUUUAAGUGCUCUUACGCAGGGUGGGCGAUUCACAACUGUGAUCAUGGCCAAGAUGCAGGCGUGGUCUGCCGUACAGAUUCCAGCAGAAUCCGUCUUGUCGGAGGUUCCGGUCCAAACCAGGGGCGUGUGGAAGUCCGGCCGGCCGACAGUUCCAGAUGGGGCACAGUUUGUAACAACGGUUUUGACUUGAAGGAUGCAGAAGUUGUCUGCAGGAUGCUGGGCUAUCCGAAUGUAUAUGUAGUGCGCCCUUUUGGCAAAGGAACGGGACCGAUCUACAUAGAGGACCUACAAUGUGAUGGGACAGAGAGUAGCCUGUUUAACUGUUCACACAAGGGAUGGAGGGUUCAUGACUGCGAUCAUCUGGAUGACGUCGGUGUUGUUUGCGGUACGUGCAUUAAACAUUUGGCAAUUCGUUACCAUUUCAACGUUUGGCAUCAAAGCAGAAUCCGUCUUAUCGGAGGUUCCAGUCGGAAAGAAGGACGUGUGGAAGUCCGACCGGCCGACAGUAUGACCUGGGGCACAGUUUGUCACAACCAGUUUGACAUAAAGGAUGCAGACGUUGUUUGCAGCAUCCUUGGCUACCCCAGUGCCCAACUAGUUCGAAACGAUGCGUAUUUUGGCCCAGGAAGAGGGCCAAUCUACAUGGAUGACCUGCGCUGUAAUGGGGACGAGAAUAGCCUGUUCAACUGCUCGUACCCAGGGUGGACGAUAAACGAUCUAAACUGUAGCCACGACCAAGCUGCAGGCGUGGAGUGUACAGAAAUAGGAGAACCUUUCCUGUUGGUUGCUACCUGGGUUGGAAUAUUUCAAGUAAAGGACGGGUCAAAGGUCCAGAUGACAUCUGGGGGGGACGACUCAAUGGAAUACGACCCUAAGACUGACUUCAUGUACUGGAUAACUCAUGGAGGCAUCGAACGGCGGGCUCGUCGUGAUGGAACACACGCUUGGGCAUGGUACCUAAGGUUGGACCAUGCUGGUGGGAAUGUGUACUGGAGCGAAUUUGACGGACACAUCUCAGUAGUCCGGAAGGACGGAUCGUUCGUCAGGACACUUAGGACAUUACAAGGCACCGCCAGGCAGCUGGUCCUGGAUCCCAGAAACGGGUAA